AUGCCCAGUCCCUCGCUGCGAUCGCCCAACGCGUUCAUCCUGUUCCGCUCGUUCUUCUCCAAGAACCACUCGCCGCCCAAUGCAGCCCAAGCGCACGUCAGCGCGCUCGCAGGCCAGGCUUGGCGUGGUCUCGCCGACGCAGAGCGUGCUGUGUGGCAGGAGCGCGCCGCAGAGCUCAAGCGGGCGUGGAUGCGGGCGUCGGAGAAGCGUGCAUUGGAAGAGGGCGCCGAGCCUCUCCCGAGGAAGAGAGGGCACCACCAUCCUAGCCAGCACCCGCCCGCUGUGCAGCGGCUGGACCAUUCCGCUGGCCCAUCCGUCUCUGAGGGUCGAUUCGAUGAUACUGCUCGUAGAAAUGCUCCGGUUCCUGGGAUUUAUACUCUGGCGGACCAUGCUGCCCUUCCGGCUCCGACGCCAGAGCUCCUGUUGGCGAAUUAUUAUCGGUCCCAAGAGUUUUCCGAGUGCUGGAACAGCUUCGUGAAUGAGUUUUGUAACGCCACCCAUGUGGAUCACCAGGAUCAAGAGUCGUCGCCAGAUAUCCUGGACUACAAUGCCCUCUGCGACUGGACUGCGGACUAUCAUGGCCCGCCAUCUAGGUCUGAGCAGCAGCGCACCACUUCGGGUGUGCAGUCUGGGGAUCGCCGCUAUGCGCCGUACUAG